GGGAGUACAUAGGCAAGCUACAAUUGAGCUAAAAAACGCACUAAUGGAUCCGUAUUAUUAUAGAAAUAACAAAGGCGACCAGUGCCAAAAUUGUUAUUCUGCGCUGUCAUGGUCCAUCUGUAUGUCUCCGUGGUAGGUCUGUACAUAUAUGUCUGUGUGGUCCGUAUGUGUGGUCCUCCCGGUUCCGGCCCGGUGGCUCAGCAUUGACGCGGCGCGCUCUAUAAUGGACCUUGUGUACGCACACAUGGUUAUUAGACGACCGCACCGAUUUGACUCCACCCCGCCGGCCCGUAUAUAAACAGUCCCGGGACGGCGGACGGCACAGACAUCCCUCCGAGGUACUCUUCGACGCUCACCUCCCCAUCCACUACAGUCGUCAUGCAGCUGCUCCGCGUGUCGCUGGCGCUGGCCGCGCUCCUGGUGGCCGCCGAGGCCGUGCUGGUCGUCACCACGACCACGGGCACGGUGGCCACCGGCGUGGCCGUGGGCGCCGCCGCGCUGGCCGGCGUCGGCGGACUGGCGCUCGGUGCCGGACUGGUGGGCGCCGUGGCGCGCGGCGGCCGGCGCGGCAGGGGCCGCGGCCGCCGCGCCGCCGACACCGACGAGCUGCGCCGCCAGCUGGCGCUCGACGUGUCGGCGGCGGCCGACCCGGCCGGCUGCGCGCUCAAGCUGGUCUGCCUGCUGGAGGCGCAGCCGGAGCCGCAGCGGGACGCCGACGCCGGCGCGCUGCUGGAUCUGGUGGGCGAGCCGCGCCUGCCGGAGCGCGUGCAGACGCCGCGCCAGGCGUACCUCUACUCGGCCUACCUGGGCUCGGUGGGCGGCGCCGCCGCCUGCCAGCGCCAGUUCGCCGCCUGCGCCUACGGCGUGCAGGACAUGAUGGACUAUGUGCGCCGGCUCUCCGCCUAGACCGGCCGGCUCGCUGUCAUCCCUGCUAUCGUCUGUUCUAACGUCUCAUACCUUUCCCUUGGACCCGGAUGAUGGUAGAGAUGCUAGCUGGCUGAAGUUGAAGAUAUUGCCUAUCAGCAGAGCUAGUAUCUCCCUGCCUGUCACCCUGGUCCAGAGCAGUAAAUGUUCAUUAACCGAUCUUUGAUGUCUGUUCAUUUAUCCCCUGGUCCGAGCUGAACCGUCAGCGGCCACUUCCAGUGAGUGGCUGGGUCGCUGGGGCGGCAGGGAUAGUGUCAGAUCGCGAGCGAUAGCGAAUAUAACACUCGGAAUUUAUCAUGGUGGUGGUUCUGUAGCAUACUCCCGUGUCUACAGGAUUUUGUGCGCGUUCAACUUGGUCCGAUUAUAUGCAUAAUACAACUGAGAAGCGA